AUGAUGAUGGGAUUAAUACAAAAUAAUUCCUGCUCAGGCCUGAGAUAAAAUAAGCAUAUGAUAACGAGCCCCUAGGCUUAUUUGGGUCAUUUCUAGAGUAAUAUUUCCCCAAGAAAGGAUUCUCUAAAAUAAUCUCUUCAUCCUUAAUCUAGUGAUUUCGAUUUGGCCGAGAGACAUAGGAAAUCCUAAAUUAUUUGGCCCAAAGAAGCCAGAUGUAACCACAUUAUGCUCUUUAGCAAUCUGGAGAUUUCAAAAAUGUUAUAUGAUCCAUGAAGAACCCAUAGGAGCAAAUAUGGGGUCUUUAUGAUUCACCAAUACUCUCUUAAUUAUUUGCUCAAGGAAAUACUUUUCAUAAUUUGAAGAGUAUUCGAAUUUUUGGCUAGAUUCGCAUAAACUCCAAGUCCUAGUUUAUUCUGAAGAGUUUUAGGGUCAAAUCUCGCAUCUUGGACGAUACCUCUAGAAGAGUCGAAACACUCGACUGUUAGGUACGAAUAAACAAUCUGAAUUAUUUCACAAACCGCAUGAAAUAUUGACUAGUAAAUUUUUGUUGUUGUUAGACAAUAUGUUCAACACAAAAACAAGCAUAAAUUUUAGAAUUCCCUUCUGCAAUUCAGAAUGAUCAAAUCCAAUAUCUUCUUUGGUUUCAGAAGCAAGCGAACGAAUUAAUUAGGUUCGGCAUCAGCUGCCUGUUACAUCAGAUUGGAGUGGCUUGUUGUAAUUUUAAAUCAAAUUUAUCAUGAGAUGAAAUGAUCUUGUAUUAUAUACUAAUUGACAUACCCGAGAAAUGGCUAACGAUAUCAUAAAAUAUUUAUUCUAAAGAUUUCUACAAAGUUUUGGAAAGAAUUUCUUUCAUAACUCAACCCAUACACAUCCAAACAGGAUAUCCAAAAGCAGGCAAGCACCUAAAAGCUUUGUCUACUUUUAGGCAUCAUUGAAAGUAUUUAUCCUUUGAUUUUAACUCUCUAAUAAUGCUCACCAACCAAUUUCGCCGAGCUUUAAAUACCAAUAAGCUUAGUUUCAGCUGCUGGUC